AUGCCGCCAGCAUCGCCGCUACCUCUCUCAAACGCCACUUUACAGCGGACGAACGGUAUUCACGAGAAGGACCCAUUCCCGGAACUUCCCAGCUAUAUCGCCAGAUCCCAGCAAGAGUUCCGACCAGAAGAGCUACGAUAUCUGCAAGACUCCGAUGCACUGAUCAUGCCCAGCCAGAGUCUGCGUGACCAUCUCUUGCUUGCUUACAUUCUUCAUUUUGAUCCUCACUUUCCCGUCAUCGAAGUUCAAGCAUUACUGGAUGCUAUCGAGGGGCGAUGCGCUACUCCUAUCAGCCUUCUUCUUUUCCAAGCGGUGAUGCAUGCAGGCAGCCAUUUCGUCGACCUAGCACUCCUCCAAGAUGCCGGCUUCGGCACUCGAGUCGAUGCCAAAGCGUGUUACUACCGGCGUAUCAAGGUACUCCGCGACUUGGCUUGGGAAAGCGAUCGUCUGGUGCUUCUGCAAGCAACGCUUCUUCAUCAGUGGUGGUGGACGACAAGCAGUGACUUGCAGGAUCCCUGGUACUGGCUUGGAUCAUGUAUCACGCUAGCUACAGGCAUCGGCAUCAACCACCCAAGCACCCUAGCUGCCAAGGACAAUAAGACACAACGGCUGUGGAGAAGGAUCUGGUGGGUUUGCGUUGUACGAGAUCGGAUCUUUGGACUAGUUCAGCGGAAGCCAACGAGAAUCAGAGACGAGGAUAUCGCCCUCCCGGCCCUGCGGUUUCAGGACUUUGAUACAAAACCACUCGACACAAGAAUCCCGGUAUUGGCGGGGUGUGUCGAAGUCACUGAUUGUGUCAACAAGGUCUUGUUGGCGGACAUUUUUAUCUCCCAAGCGAGUCUUCUUCUGACCGUGGGACGGAUACUAAUCUGCUCUUACAACCUCCAAGGCUUCGUGAACUCCACUUCUACCUGGUCGCUCUUCGCUACGCCAAAGAAGCAGGAAGAGAUUGACCAAAGCCAGCUCGACCGUUUGCAAGCAGAACUCGAUGAUUGGUCCAGUCAAUUGAACAGAAACUGCCGGAUCAAUGACUCCGACGAGGAUGAGCUACUUGCGGAUCAUGUAUACGCUGGUCGAGCAGGACUUCGACUCUGUUACCUCCUGGCAAAGGAGUUGUUGCAUCGACCACAGGCCUUCGAAACUGAUCCGGAGGGAUGGGCAACAUCUCGAGGAGACUGUCGAGAAGACAGCUCGACCGCCGCAGCGCGUCUGCGUGUAAGUGAAGUAGCAUCGGAAAUCACGGAGAUCCUGGGAAGUUUCCACCAACGAGGCAAGCUACUUUUGCUUCCGCCGUUGACCUUGACUUGUGUUAUGACAGGCGUUGCAUGGUUCUUGGUGGAGAUGAGACGAGCCCAGAAAUCACCUGCGGAGCUUCCCGAUCAUCCAUACCAUCGCCUCAUCCGGGCAGUCUUCGUUUUCAAGGACCACUAUCCAAUAUGGGACGAGACUGUUGCCCUCUUGAAGGUUAUGGCUAUCAAUCAGCAUGCCUGGUUUGCACGCACGAUGGCCAUGAUCUCGCCUUCUGUGCCGAUGAUAUCGACUCCAAAGUCUGCCUCGAAUAGCACGCCAAAAGCCGACAGAGUUCUUCACCAGAUUCAUGUUACCUCGGUGGCAUCCAACAAGAGCCCGACGACAGCUCAGACCGCAGACGAGAUUCACAAAGCUUUUGGUGGCUUGCACGAUGGGACAUAUCUGUCAAGUCUUGAUCAUCAACAUCUGGACCAUCAGCUCUCUUCAGGCACAAUGUUCAUGCCGUCAAUGCACCCAUUCGCAUUGACACCGACAGCUUUCAUGUCCUCUGACGCCAUGGGCUACGAUGAGCUUGCGCUGGGACAGGCACUCGAUGCCUAUGGACUUGGCGACUCGCUCCACGGUCUGAUGCCUGACUUUUCUCAUGGCCCGAACCACGACAUCCAAGGGUCUUCGACGAUAUCCACGCUCCCUCAUGACUUCGCAUGGGCGCCACCUACAUCGAAGACAGCCGCUGGCAUGACAUUACUGACAGUCGAGAACGAAAGCGACGUCAGGACCGGCUCAACCAGAGAGCUCGGAAUCAAGAGAGCACAAUCCGCCCCCGAGUCGACUACAUGCAGUGACAGCUUGUGCUCACCCUCUUCAUCGUAUCCAUCGCCUGCCAAGUUUCCGGCCAACGGCACAUCAUUCCUUGCGCUCCCCGCUCUAGCCGCAGAAACCCGAGCCAUUACGGAGAUCCCGAUCAGUGUCUACACGGCGCUGUUCAACAAUGGAGCUAUGUUAGGCUUGGAGUGUGGCUACAACAUUCCGUCCAAGUCCAGACCAUGCGUCGACUCGAUACCAGAUUCGCUGAAACCGACAGCACUGCAGCUCACGACUCUCCAUCAGACUUGGAUGGACAGAUUUCCAUUUCCGAAAAUGCGGGACAAUAUGAUCAGUCUCAACCGGAUCUUUCACGAAGAAGACUUCCUGGCUGACCUCUUCAACAUGCAUUCUUUCGAUAUCAAGCCCGGGAGGCCAGGCUGGGAUCCAACUGCGUGGGUCAUCGGCCGACAAUUCUCUCAGAAGUGGGGACUCUUCUAUUGA